GGAAGUUGGUGACCUGCCCGAAGAAAAAUGGACGCCGUCGAUCAAAUCAGCCACCUACGUUGCUACUUCACCUUCACCACGGCGAAGCCUUCAACCUCUUCCACCGCCCUGAUCACCCUGCGAUGGCCGCCGGCACCAGCAUCCAGGUGACGGGGCUUGACUGCCUGGCGCGCGUGAACUCCCUCUUCACUCUCGCCGUCUUCAAUGCAACUCAUUUUCGAGCAAUAAUAGAAAAAGGUUUCGUGGAAAAAGAUGUAGACGCAACCGAAGAUGCUAGGAAGAAGGGAUUGCGCAUCCGUAGACUCAGAUAAUGACUUCAGUCCAACUGAGCAGGAACGACAACGACUACUGUCUGCUUUCUUUCUUUUUGAGCCCGAAGAAAAAGGGCCAACAUGGGUCAAAUCGCCACCUGCCUCCUCCUUCCCCCUUCUUCACCGCCCUGAUCACCCGGCGAUGUCCUCGGACACAAGCAUCCACGUGACGGCGCUCGACUGCCUAGUGCACGUGAACUCCCUCUUCACGCUCGCUCUCUUCCUCGGGCUCGCCUGGAACCCGUGGGACCCGAACAACACCCUCAACCGGGACCCCCGCUGCACCGCCGGCCCCGCCAUUAAGCGCAACCUCAUCACCUUCGAGGUCUUCUCCUUCGGCUCCUUCCUCUUCUCCAGCGUGGUCGCUCUCGCCCUCAAGCAGGCUAUCCAGAAUACGCAGUCUCCGAGCUACCACCCUCGGGAACUGAUCGCUCGGAUCAAUCAGGAUGUGCUGCGGCUCGGGAUGGUGGUGUCCGGGGUCGGGUCAGUCGGCGGAUCCGUCUUCCUGAUGCUGGCCCUGAUCAAUGUGGUGCAGAUCAAGCUUGGGACUCUGGCUUGUGGGAGCACGCACACCUUCGCAGCAGUCGUGCCGCUCAUGAUUUUCGUCCCCUCAGGGCUUUUCGUAUAUCUAUCCAUCGUCUUGUAUGCUUUUACUCAUUAGGGUUUGGAUUAGUUCGUCGUGGUGAUGGACACGGAUUGUAAAGAGUAGGUGGCCAUUUGGGGGGAUGAGGGGGCCUCCCGGGGGGAGGGGCGGUUGUUGUGCGUGUUGGGUAAGUUGGUGCUUAUGUAUGUUAUUAGAAUGAAGUCGAGCGAUAUGGCUUGAUACUCAGCUGAUAGUGUCCUAUUUUAGCAACUACUUAAAUAUAUGUAGAUGCAAUUGCUGAAAUGCGGAAAUCGACCGCCAGUUAUGCUUC